GGAUCGUAUUAAGCAAGAAUGAUGGACGCCUGGCGGAAUAAGUUACCAGCGGCAAGGGCCUUAUUGUUUCUCUUCGUGUCUUUCUUUACCAUUUCCAUAUCCUCCGCCAUGGCUGAGACCGAUGAAACUUCUUCAACCGUUUCCAUCGCUUCAUCGGCAGCGUCUUCACGGUCCGCAGUUCACAUCGUGUACACCGAAAGUCCUCGGGAUGAGGACCCCAAGGAUUUCCAUAUCCGAACCCUAGCCUCUGCUCUCGGCAGUGAGGAAGCUGCGAAGGAUGCGCUUAUUUACAGUUACAAAACGGCUGUUAGUGGAUUCUCUGCAAAGCUCACUCCCGACCAGGUUUCUCGAGUUUCCCAACAACCAGGCGUUCUACAGGUUGUUCCAGACAGCCAGGUUGGGUUGCACCGUUAGAGGAUGCUGUACCCUCCCUUGAAGUUGGGUGAAGAUGGCGUCAUAAUGAGAAACGUUAAAGGCCAGACGGUAACCGUGGACUCCCAGCCAAUAUGAAUGUGGCACGUGGCUUAUGAGUUAGUGGCUAAAUCUCUCUCCCUCUCGGUUAUUAAUUAUGCCAUUUACUCCCCCAUCUCAUCGAGAGUUUAAUUGAUUGAUAAAAAUGUCAAUACGGCAAAAAGAAUUAAUUAUUAGAUCCAAAUCUUUUAUUUGUUGUCUUGGAUUGUUUUAAGUAAGGAAUUUAAUGUGUUUAAUUGGGUAUAUCAUGAUAUUGGAUGCCUCUUUCAAUGACAUCAAAUACAUGAGAUGCCCCAAUAAUUCCUCU